ACUUUCAUAUUUACUCCUCCCUCCUCGAACGCAUUCGCCCCAGCGCCAUCGGCCCCACAGGAACCACCGCCAGCGCCAAUACAACACACCCGCAUCAGCAACAUAGUGCAGACCACACCCACCGCAUUCCACAUGAACUACGGCCAACCAAAGUCUGUCCUCGAGACCUACAUCGAACGCGCCUGCGACCCAUCACGCUUUGAACCCGACUUAGCACUCAACCUCGAGAUUUGCGAUGUCAUCAAAGAGAAGCAAAAGAACACGCCACGGGAGGCAGCAGUGUAUAUUGUUCGCCUAGUGAACAACCGAAACAUGCAUGUCGCCAUGUUGGCUUUGGCGCUACUGGACAAUUGCGUCAAAAACUGCGGAUAUCCCUUCCACCUUCAGAUCGCGACAAAGGAGUUUCUUAAUGAACUGGUGCGCAAAUUCCCAGAGCGACCCUUGGCAGUGCUCACGCCUGUUCAGAACAGGAUUCUGGAGAUGAUCCAGGAAUGGUUCCAGACACUCUGCAAAUCCUCGCGGUACAAAGAGGAUCUGGUUCAUAUCAAGGACAUGCAUCGGCUUCUCUCCUUCAAGGGCUACAGGUUCCCACAGGUCAAGGGCGAUUCAGCCUCAGUUCUGAAUCCUGUUGCCUCUCUCAAAUCACCGGCCGAACUGGAAGAAGAAGAUCGAGCAGCACAGGCAGCAAAACUUCAAGAGCUUAUCCGCCGAGGGAGACCUGAGGAUGUGAUUGCUGCCAACGAGCUGGUGAAGAAAAUGACAGGAUAUGAACAAGAAGAGAAACCGGACUACGCUGAAGAGGCAUCGUCAGAGCUGGACAAGAUUUUGCAAAAAGCGGUGUUGCUGACGGAAAUGCUGAACGAUGUCAAGCCAGGAGAGAUCAUUGGCCGGGGCGAUAUCUUUGAGGAGCUACUCAGCACGUGCAAGACGGCGCAACCAAAGGUUCAGAAGUUCAUUAGCGAGGACGAGGACGGCGACAAUAUGGAGAAACUUCUUCAGAUCAACGAUAUCAUCAACAAUGUCAUCGAGCAAUACAGUCAGGUCAAGGGUGGCAACUUGGUCAAGUCGACGAUCCCUACGCUCGAGGGCGAGAAUAACAAUGGAUCUACCACGGAACCUGUGCAGCCCGGAUCUUCAUUGAUUGACUUGGUGGACUUUGGAUCAGACAGCAGCAGUUCUCAGCCAGCUACAGCUACGACUCCUGCACCACCAACUACUGGAAACUUGAUGGACGAUCUCAUGAACCUCAGCUUCAACGACGGUCCACCACCUGCUUGGGGUGCUGCUGGAAGUAUCAGUCUUGGCCAGAGUACUCCAUCUAUUGGAUCAGGGAACAACUUUAACCAGUCCUUCAGCUCCGCACCCCCAGGUUACAGUGCAUUUAUGCCCAUGGGAGGUCCUUCAUCUGGCUCGGGCGCGGGAUCGCCAGCCUUCUCCAACAGUCCACUAAUGAUGAACCAGAAUGCAUUGCUCUCGUCUUCUCGUCCCACAACACCAGGAUACCAGCCACAAUCGCAGCAACUAUCUUCCUCUACAGUGGACCCUCCAUUUGGCGACUUUGAUUUUGUAUCUAAUACAGGAACAGCGCCUUCGGGGCCGACAACAGUGGUGUUGCUGAAUAAGAAUGGCCUGCUGGCUGAGCUGGAUGUGGAGUAUCCCGAGCACGAUGCGGGCUCGAUCCAGGCUGUGGCACACUUUUCGAACUCGUUGAACAGUCCGAUGUCGAAUUUGACGUUCAGAGUGGCAGUGCCAAAGAGUCUGCAGCUGCAAUUAAACCCUCAGUCAUCACAGGUGGUUGCGGCGUUUGCUAAGCGAGGGGUGACUCAGUCGAUGAGUAUCAAGAACCCGACCAAACAACAGCCCGUGCGGAUCCGUUACCAUGUGUCGUACACGGUGGAGGGACGAACGAUAGAGGAGCAAGGAGAGUUUAACCAGUUCCCGCCAGUGUAGCACGGCGCUUUCUUCCUUUUUGUUUUUUAUUCACCAUGGAGGAAUAAUGUGAUAGAUUCAGGCGCACACCAUUGAAUAAAAUAAAAGCGCGUCGCGAAUAGGAAAU